UGUCACAAGCUAACAUUUACUUGCGGCAACAUCCAGCGGAUGCAAACAUGACUAUGGAGGAGCUGAAAACAAUGGUAAACUCUAUGGGUGCAAAUCAAAUGGUAAAUCGUUUGCAACGUUAUGUUUCAAAAAUUCAAGGAACAAAUCAGUAUUGGUAUCAGAGACUGCAAGAACUCUUGGCCCUGAUUGAACAAAAAGGUUGCCCUACCUUUUUCUUUACCUUUAGUGCAGCUGACAGCCAUUGGCCAGACUUGCAAAGACUGUUGCAAAGUAAUGAGGGUGCAUCAAGAACAGAGAGAGCACAAGCAGUGAUAGACAAUCCGCACCUGACAGAUUGGUUCUUCAUGCAAAGGCUACAGGAGUUUAUCAAACAUUGGCUUCAAGGUGUCUUGGAUGCUGAAUGGUUUUGGUAUAGGUUUGAAUAUCAGGCCAGAGGAAGUAUACAUGCUCAUGGAUGUGCUAAAUUAAAGAAUGAUCCAGAUAUUCGGUUAUUACGUAAACGUGCAUGUAAAGCAGUGCUUGAGAAAGAGAAAGAAAAUGAAAUGUCCCCUGAUGAUUUUGAAUUCUCUUGCCAGGAUAUUGUCAGAGAGGGUCAAGAUGCGGAGAGAAAGCUAAUUAGUUAUGUUGACUGGCUUGUGACCACAGUUAAUGAUGAUCUGCCUGAUGAGAACUGGACAGUACCAGAUCCACACCCUUCUGCGGUGAAAGCCACAUCAGUUGAUAAUCAUGAUGUUGAUUAUCACAGGUUAGUAAAUUCAGUAGAGAGGCACACCAGAUGCAGUCCAGCGUAUUGCCUGAAAAAGAAGAGGGUUGACCUGCCUGCAGAGUGCAGAUUUGGGUUCCCAAAACCAUUACAAGAGGAAACUGCGCUGAUUUAUGAGGUACGAGGUAAGAAAAAUAAAUCUGUACACUCAGAGUUGCAAACCAAGAGAAAUGAUGAGAGGCUGAAUUCACACAACAGGGUCAUGCUUGAGAAUUGGCGGGCCAAUGUGGAUUUACAGGUAAUUGUGGAUGAAAAGGCAUGUGCAAGAUAUAUGGCCAAGUAUGCAGCAAAAGGGGAACCACGAUCAAAAUCUGCUUCUGACAUACUGAAGUUGUCUGUAUCUUCAUUACAGAAUGAUGACCAAGUGUCUUCUGCAAUCAAGAAAGCAAUGAUCAAGUUGCUGGUGAUCGAGACAUGGCUGCUCAGGAGACUGCCCAUAUGUUACUCAGUUUGCCUUUGGUAG